AUGGUUGCAACCCAGGUUAUGACCUCGUCUUCUGUCGAUAUCCGCUCAUGGCAGACCGUGUUCCGUCUCCCGCCACCUGACCGACCUCAGUCACCACCGUAUCAUGCCCGACGACCACAUAAAAAGUCCCGCACAGGCUGCGUCACCUGUAAGCGGCGGAGAGUAAAAUGCGACGAAACUAGGCCUUUUUGCAGGCGAUGCGAGAAGCUGGGUGCUCCUUGUAGCUAUGGUGGUUCUCCCCAAAGUCAGGCCCUUCAGAAGAUGGAAGAACCAGACGGCACCGUGUUCUCUCUGUCGCUAAAGGAUCUGGAAUCGAUGGUCAACCAGGCUUUGGCGACAGACUCGGACUGUCUUGAGAUUGGCGCACUCAAAACGGCCAAUGACACUCGGCCCAUAACGGUCGUAGCGUUUCAGCACUUUAUGAACUAUUCAACAGACGCCGUUGGCCAUCCUUCCAUUCGACAUGUCAUGAAGAGCGAUAUGAUUCGCGUCGCCUUUGGGUGUCCCCAUCUAAUGUACACAAUACUAGGCGUCGGCAGCCUGCAUCUCAGCCGGAUCCGUCCGCAGAAUCAAACCUGGCGACUCGCAGAAAUCUACUUUUGGCAGCAGGCAAUCAAGGCAUAUCAAGCCGCGCUAUCAUCAAAGGUCUCCCCGCAAAAUGUGGACGCUCUGCUCUCAACCUGCAUGUUCAUGGGCAUUACGUCCGUCUGCCCCGAUCGCUUCGAACCUACCGACUCGUGGGUUCUAACGAACGCACCGGGAGCAAUGAACUGGCUUUGCCUGCAGAGCGGCAUCCGCACCAUCAUCCAGCUCGCUGGGCCGUACAUACAGUCUAGCAUCUGGGCAUCGGCAUUCCAGCAGACUCACAAGGAAGAAGUACAGUUGUACGAGGAGGGUGUCACCCAGGGCCGCGAGGGUCUUGACCCUGACCUGGCCGAUUUAUGUGGGGUCGAUGACUCGACCACCGCAUCGAUGAAUCCGUACUAUGAGCCUCUUCGGCUGCUGGCUGCCACAUCCCACUUGGAAAAGAACCUGAAAAAUGCAGCUCAAUGCGCGUCUUUCAUGGGCAGACUGGAACAUAAUUUCCUUGCACUCCUGAGGGAGAGAGACCCGCCCGCGCUGUUGAUCCUGGCGCAGUGGAUGGGUCGCAUGUGUACGCUGUCCGAAUGGCAGCCCUGGGUAGAGGGCGGAUCCGCGGCGAAUGCAAGGCUAUCUGCAUGUAUCUAG